UCUGCCUGGACAAACAUCUGCUCGUCACUCGUCAGUGAAAUAGCAACCGCUAGUGCUCCCAUCGGUAGCCAACUUGCCAACAACCACCUCUCCUCGCUCCACUGAUCACUGCCUCCUCUCCCUUGUGCUCGCGCCAAGCUGACCAAGCUGAGCCAACCAUGCCACCGCACGCAACCAAGGAGAUCCUAGCGCCCACGCCGGCUGCAGCCUUCCUCGACGACGCGCUCGCCGCGGCCCGUCCCUUCCUGCGCGGAGAGGAGGACCAGGUCGACCCGGCUCUGCCCGACCUCGCCGCCGUCCUGCGCGCCGCGGGCGCCGGCGAGUGCUGGCACAAGCACGGCACCUUCCUCGCCCACCUCCUCGAAGUCUACCGCAUCUUGCGCCUCUGGCGCGCGCCCGACGCCGUCGCCCGCUGCGGCCUUUACCACUCCGCAUACUCCAACUCCUACGUCAACCUCGCCAUCUUCGACCCAGGGACAGCACGCGACCACGUCGCCGGCGUCGUCGGGGCCCCGGCAGAGCGCCUCGUCCACCUCUUCUGCAUCGUCCCGCGCCAGCAGCUCAUCCACGACGACCUGCUCUUCCACUACACCGACGACGACCUCCUCGCCGACCUCGAGCGCUCAGAGGCGUCGCUCCAGGACGCGCGCCGCGGGGUGUUCGACGACGCCGAGCCCUGGCGACGCAAGAUCCAACAGCUACUCCCGGCCGCCGGCAUCACUGUCAAGCACAUCAGGACAGGGGAGGAUGUGGCACUGUCCAGGCGCGUAGCUGCAGCGUUCCUCCUCAUGACCAUGGCAGACUUCAGUGACCAGCUGUUCGACUGGCAGGACCGCCUCUUUGACAACACCAACGGCCGCCUUGAAUUCCGUGGCAACACCUGGACCUCACUCUGGCCUGGCACUGGCAAGCCCGGCCUUUGGGUCACCUCCAUCUCCCGCAUGGGCGCCCUCCACACCCUCAUUGUUCGCGAGGAGCAGAUAUACCUUACUCACCGAGCACAUGCCACCGGCCAAGAAGGCGAUGGCUCCACCAACCGUGACGAGGACAUCGAUCUGGUGAUACCCCCGGUGUUCCACGGCUGCACCAAAGUGCUCAACGCUGACGACCAGAAGGUGGCGCGAGACCUCUACUGGGAGGCAAUAUGCGGUGGCGACGAUGAGGCGACGGACUGGCACAAAGUGGAGCAGCUCCUGCAGCAGAGCAUUGCCAAGAACCCAUUUGUAGGAGAGCCUCGCCUAGUCCUUGCACAGGUAUACCUCAACAUGGAGAGGCAUGGUGAGGCACAGAAGCAGGCAGAGGAAGGUCUGAAGCUGUUGCUGGAGUGGGGCAGCAGCUGGGACAAGAGAAUGCCAUGGGAGGGGUGGGUGUCCUGGGGCAGGGCAAUGCUGAUCAAGGCCAAGGAGAAGGAUUGGCCUCAUACCUCAUUCGGCAUCCUCAGCCUAGGGCUUGUCAAGUGAGGCCAUGCAGAUCAGGAGCAGCUUUCCCCUAAUGGCAGCUCGUCUGUGUGUCCGGUUGCUGAUGGAGAGAGAGAUAGGCUGCAGCCGCUAGUGCCGAUCCAUCCCUUGCAAUGCUGUCUUCUCAGCACCAAUUGUUACUGUUUAGCACCAGUUGUAUGAAAUAAUAAACCUACGACGGAUCAACAUGGAGAAUUGUUAGAAUUUAAUGGACACGGGAGACAGAGUUUAUCGUGGAAAAACUCUUUAAUGUGAAGGGGAAAAAUCACGGGAGAUAAUUUCAACUAUUUGGUAUAUGGUUACCUGGUACAAGCGUGCCCAUUUAUAGGGUUGUGAAGGCGGCGAGGGACCUGUACUGGGAGGCCAUCUGCAGCAGCAACAAGAGCGGCGAUGCAAAGGGGUGGACGCGCUGCUGAGGGAGAGCAUAGGGAAGAACCCGUUCGUGGGGGAGCCGCCGCUGGUGCUGGUGCUGGCGCAGGUGCUGCUCAAUACGGGGAUCGGAGGUACGAGGAAGCGGCGGAGAGCGGGUUGCGGCUGGUGCUGGAGUCGGGGAGCAGCUGGGACAAGCGCAUGUCGUGGGAGGAGUGGGUGAUGAGGGACAAGGCGAAGCAGAGGCAGUGGCCGCGCACGGCAUGGGGUGUCAUCAACCUCGGACUCGUCCAAGGCGUCGCCAACGGCGGCAACUGAACUGAUGGAUAUGCUAGCUACUUGUACGUCUUCGAUCUAUGCAGCUUGCGAUCGACUACGUGAAGCUAAGCUUGCUUGAUUCAGUAGGCCGCCCGUGGAGAUCUAUGUAUCUAUCUGUCUAUACAUGCGUUUCACACAGCAGCAGCAGCAGCAGCAGCAGCAAGGAGGAGGAGGCCCCGACACUGGCAUGGCCUCCCUAGGCUCGCCCAUUCUUUCCCAAGCUUUCAGAUGGCUCCCUCCAUGAAACAGCACUGCAAAGUAGCAAGCUCCAAGAGGCUGCAUUUUAUUUAUAUAUAUCGCAAGUGAUGGAUGGAUGGA